UUCGUCACAGAGUGAAUGUCUGCCUAGUAAAAAUACUUCGGUUUUAAAGCGGAAAUAACCAUCAAAUUUUGAACAUUUUUGUGGAUUGUAUAUCGGUAAUAUCUAUAUUAUUAGAAUCUAGUAGAAAAUUGAGAAAAUUCAGCUUCUAUCUAAUAAUUUUAGAUAAAUUUAUUAGCUAGUUCAUAGCAAACAUGUGUCUCGUUUAGGCUUCGGACGUGUUCGGUAGAGCUCGUUAUCGUUGAUAGAAUACGUGCUUUUGGUGAAACGUGAAACAUCAGCGACGCAUAUAACAUAGGUGGCGUUGUGUGACAAACAAUCGGGGUAAGGUAAGAAACCCUUCAUUUAUUUUUAUGGCUGUCUACGAAUAGUUAAAGUAACAGUGAAAUUCGGUUAAUGUUUUGUUUGUGUUUGUUGACGGACGUGUAAAUGUGACAAAACAAUGAAUGGAUGACCAAGUAUCGUUGUGAAAAGUGAACUGUUUUCUGAGGAAAUCACUAACAGGAAUUCCCCAUGACCCUAAGUCUGCUUCAAAAUCGAGCGAAAACUAUGUACCCGUUAGAAGCAGAAUAUCCCGGGAAUCGUUAAAAAAAGAACAUUUCGGUUUUUGCUAAAACCAAGACUCAUGUCAUGGCAACUAGGGUUAACAGAAAAAAUGCAACUACGACCUCUCCGAAGGAGGUAGUAUCAUCAGAAAAGUCUUCGACUAAGAAUGAAGUCGUUAUUGACACACCAAAAAACACAGUUGUAACCAAAUCUAUAGGUAAAAGGCUAGCCAAAAAUAAUCCUAAAAAGAUUAUAAAAAAGCCAACAUUAACGGUUACAUUAAAAGCCAAAGCUAAAAAAUCACUCAAACUUAACCCUCUAGCUAAGGCUGUGCUCCAUACCGCAAACACUUCAGAAAGUAAGAAGAAACUUCUGAAAAACGGUAUCAAAGAAGUCAAAUCUAGAAAAAAGAGAGUAGCAAAACUGGAAAUCAAAAAAGAAAACGAUGAUAGUCCACCUGUGCUAGAACCAAUAUUUCCCUUGGAAGAAAAUGUGAAGAAAAAUACAAAAAAACGUGUAGCAAAAAAAAUAAAAGAAGAAUCUACAGAACUGUUGGAUAUUAGUAAAAUAAAAGUAGAAAAUGAAGAAAUUUCAAGUGAUAUAACAGACGACAUACCAACUCUAUCCAGACAAGUAAAAAAACCAAGAGUAAUUAAAAAAUCCAAAUUAGAAGCUGAAAGCCUGGAGGAUGUUAUGAACGAUCUCUCCUAUUUGAUUAAAGGAGAUGAUACCAGAACUGAGGUAGAUUCGUUGUCUGAAUCUUCCAAAAGUGAUACAUUCAAACCUAAGAAACUUACGAAGAAGCAAAAGCUGGAGUUAUUGAAUAGAGAUUUGAUAAAAAAAGAUAAACUGGAAAAUACUUUAUCAAAAUUGGAUUCCGCCGAUGAAAAAAUAAUAGACAUGUUAGAUCUGAACGUGAAUAUGGUAAAGAAGAAAUCAUCAAUCGCCAAAAGGCGGCAUAGUAUUGAAAAAUGUCCAAUUAGCUCAGAAGACAAUACAAUUGAUACCUUGAACAUAUUCAAUCCCCUUCCGAGAAGUCCAAGAGCGAAACGGAAAACAAAACAAGAAAAUAGCAGUAGGAAAUCUAGCCCUUAUAGUACAAGAUCUGAUUCUCCAGCUAGGAUACUAAGAAAUGGCAAACAAAGAAAAUUAAAGUUGGGUUUAUUAGAAGGACUAGAUUUGGAGAUUAAAAAGAGGAGGAGGUUUGGCUUUGAUUUGGGUAGUGAACUGUCUGGCUCUAAAUUAUCAGGUAACGAAUCGGACAGCAGCUAUUCUGAUUUAUCUUCGCUUCACGGUACUGAAAGUAACGAAGCUUUAAAAGAGGAUAUUGAUAUUAAACCUAAUAUAAGCACUGCCCCUAAUGGACCAAUAACAAAUGUCGGUUUAAUAGAUACUUUCUCAAAUGUAUAUAAUAACACUGAAAUCACUACGGAGCCUUUGUCGGACAAAAAUCUUUUAUUAGACAUCAUGAAACAAACUUUUAAUGAAGUGGAAUUGAAGAAAACUAAUAAAUUUGAAGUUUGUACUGUCGUUAGUUCCAGAUUUUAUGGCAAACGAAAUACGCAAAGUAAAUCAGAAACUAUCAAAGAUAAUAUAGUAACAGAAACAAAUGAAAAAAUUGCCGAUGAAGCUCCUCCUCUUAUAGAAAAUACCUUAAGUACUGCUGUGCAAGAAAUCGUUAAACACCAACCAGUUAUAUCGAAUAAAAAUUCUGAAACUACUACAGAGACAGUGGAAAACGUAACAGACAAUCAUAACAAUAAAACUAAAGAAAGUGAUAACUUGGAAACAUUAACAGAUAAUCAAGACGAUGGAGAAAAUGUACAAUGCGAAGAAACAAAAUCUGUGGUAAGUGAAAGUGCACCAAAUACAGCUACUAAAAUUGAAGAGACUAUAUAUACAGAAAACCUAGAAAUAACAGAAAGUGUAGAAAAUUUAGAAUCCACUCAUAUCAAAACCUCAGAAAUUGAAGAUAGUAAUAUCUCAGAAAGUAUAGAAACCACUGCAGCUAUUGAAAAUACAAAUACUAUCGAAAAUAGUGAUAAGACAAACGUCGAGAACAGAUGUGAAGAAGAUAUGGAUAUUUGCGAAGGUAUAACAGAAAACUUAGAGCAAUCUGUUAGCGAUGUCCCUGAACUAUCAGGCUUGGAAAUAUCCACGUAUAAUAAUAUUGAAAUAGCACCAGUGCUUUCAGAAACUCUAACUGAAAAUGAUACAUUAGUUUUAAAUGAGGAAAUGCCUAUUUUAAAGCCUGAAUAUCCUCCAGAAUAUUUGAACGAAGGGAAAAUUCCGGUAAUUCAUGAAGAGCCACUUCAUACUGACCAUAAAGAAACUCUUUCGAUAAAUAAUUCUAAUGAGGAUACAGAAGAUCAGGCUUAUUCUGAGCCUGGGAGUGUGUCAAAGGAGCCUCAAAUGGAAAUAGAAACGAUGAAAGUUGAUAAGAACAAUGUGAAUACGAAUUUGACUGAUGAUAAUGCUGUGAUUAAAAAUAAAGAAGAAUGUAAUCUCGCUGUGGGAGAACAUGCAGAAAAUUUGGUCGAGAAGGAAAGUAUUUUAAAGGCUUUGGGUCUACAAAGAUCUCAAGCAACAGAGGAAGAUACGAAGAAAAAGACUAAAGUGAAGCCAUCUGGCUCGAGGGGUGAAAGUUAUACUGGCACCUUAAAGACUGUGAUUAAACUGAAUCGUGAUAAGAAAAAGGGAGGUAGGGGUAUUGUGAAAAGUUCAAGCUUGCAGAAAACCAAAUCAAAAAGCAAUGCGAGUACAGAAGAUGAACAAGCAGUCAUUUCCGAGGAAACAAAUAAAGGAAAUAAAGAAAAAGAGGCAUCUUCCUUGACAUGGAAACAAGGAACUCAUUCUUCGGACACCGCUGGUGCGCACAGAAAAUCACAUUAUUCUAACAGAUCUAACAUGGAUGGUAGCAGUGAACAUACAUCCGACGGCGAAUCAGCAGCUCAAGAUGGAGCCAUAAAAGCUCUGGUGAUCCCGGAAAAAGCCAGUUCAUUUAGUAUACAUCCUGGAAGGUUAUGCAAAGAUGAAUGUUCAUAUUGUUUUGGAAAAUUUGGUCUCUUCGAUACGCCAUGUCAUAUUGCCCAAAUGAAAAGCAUAGACAGACAAGACCGAAUAUUAGAAACUGAAAAACAUUUGACACGAAAUUCUUGUUUAUGUGACGCCUGUUACAGACAUGUUGACCGUAAAUCAAAUACACCUUCAUAUAUGAACAAAUCAUUGAAGCGAAACUCUUUGGUAGCUCCUGGUCCAAGACAGAAUCACUGCCACGUAUUAGGUUGUUCCAAAGAAGCUUCAAAUAUACUUAGAAGAAAAUGGAUUAUAAAAAUGAGGAAGAGUAUCUGUCAAGUAAUAAAUCUCGACUUGGACAACCCAGGCUUGCACUCAAUCCCAAUAUGUGAGGAACAUUAUGCCGCACUGGAACAUCUUAUGAUCUGUGCUAUGUGCAAAAGAAGACUGGCUAGAAACCAUAUUCAUUAUUUAGGUCCUGAGACAACUGAACUGAAUAAUGCCUUAGCUUCGAAUGGAAUACCUUUGAAACUAAGUGACAAACCAGUUGUUUGUAAAUUAUGUAAAUGUUUCGCUUCUAUUAUACUGAAAGAUCCUACAGACAGACUAGAAACGAGCGUUAAAUUCUUUGUUGAAUACAAGAAGCGACUUCUUCAUUUUAAUGAUAUAGUGCCGAUGGACGAAUCCGCUGCAGAGGAACCUAUUGCAGUUCCUAGCAGAGCAGAACGGAUAGAAAAUUUGAAAAAAAAGAAAAAACUGUUCAAAAAUCCUGCUGCUAUGGACUUCAAUGACGAUGGUUUAGAUGAGCCGAAAAAUAGAGAGGAAAGAGUUCCUUCCACAGAUACAAACAGUCAACCACAAUCGAGGUCAGAGUCACCUAGUGACGAAUAUAACGGGGUCGAUUAUAAUACUCUAAUACCCGCAAUUGCGAUGGAAGAGGGAAGUGAUGGAGAAUCGAAAAAAGAUACUAAACAACCUAAUAUAUUUAAGAAAUUAACGGAAAUGCAGAGGGAAGGAGUAGAAAUUGUUAAAAUCGUAAAAACCGACAAACCGCGAUCAAAUGAAGCUAUGAAUAGAAUUGGAAUAAAUCAAGCACUAUCAGUUCGACAACUGCUUCCUGGUGAAGAAUACAUUUCCCUAAAUGGCAACAUAGAUUUCGCGAAUAUUAAAGAAAAAACACCGGAAGGAUGGGAAAAAUGCACUAGCGUUAUACAGUAUGAUGAAGAAACGAAAAGACUGUGGCAAGAAUUGCAAAAACCUUAUGGAAAUCAAAGCAGCUUCUUGAGGCACCUUAUCUUAUUAGAAAAGUAUUUUAGAAAUGGUGAUCUGGUAUUAUCGCCUAACGCUAGUCAUCAUUCGAUAAAUUAUAGUGAAUCUGUACAUAAUAGAUUAAGAGCAUACGAUAACAUACCCACAAGUGCUGGGAAUAUACAACCGCUGAGUAUGAUUCCCUUUAAUAAAUUAUCAUCAAAUAAGACCGUCACUAGUGGCAUCAUGAAUUCAGCAGUGAAUAAUUCUACACCUAUCUAUUCAUCAAUAAAUCCAACAAAUACCACAACUUCCAAACCUAUUGGAAGUACUGCUAUGUCCGUCACCAGUAUUCCUAUCAAUGUGACUAGGAGUGCACCUCUUACGAUAUCUCAACUAAAUAGUCCACCUUUACUUCCGAGCACAGCUAAUUUUCAACCUAUCAGGCCGAAAAUGGGAACGCCUCCAGGUUUAAUUUCGUUACAUCCCGGUACAGUUAGACCGAUAGCUCCAUUAGUAAAAGUGCCUCAACAUCAAAAGAUCAAAUUUCCUAUCACUAAAAAUUGGAGACCAAAUUUGAUUCCAAUCGAUACCACUAAAAAAACUGAAAGAAAGACUGGAUUAGUACAGGUAAUUUCCGGCGGAAAACCGUAUCAUAUAACGCUUGAAGAUUACAAGAAAAUGUGUGCUAUAAAGAGAAGUUUCGAAUUGAAACAGAAACGCCUACAGGAAGCCCAGAAUCCCAAACCAAUUCUCGUAACGCAUAACUCAGUUCUUAAAUCAAUUAUUCCGAAAAAAGGUUUGGUUAUUUCAAAAACGACUCCGUUCAGCUCCGCUUCUAAAUCAGAGGCGGUCAACCAGCCUUCGAUGCCCGAAGGAGUACCGGAAGGAGAAAACAUCCUAGAAAAAUUGGAUAAACAAGUAGAAAAACUUGAAUCCAAAUUGAACGAAAAGACGACAUCCCUCCUGUUGCCUCGGAUACCGAAAUCUUUAACAGUCAUACCACAAACUGUACCUAGGAAAACUUCACGGCCUUCUAGUCCUGUGUUACUCAUCACCAAAAACAACAGUAGCAAGUCAUGAUUGCAUCCAGUGACAAUGUUUUAAAGUGCCUAUUAGAUGUAUAAUGUGAGCUUGUAGGAAUUUGGAAGUACUCCUUGACUAUUAAUUGUUAAUUUGAUGACAUUUGCUGUUACAAUGUCUAUCAGUGAACUUGAUUCAUUUAUACACUCAACGGUUACCAUCAAUAGUGAGGCCAAAGAUACAAAUAUUUGGUAUUUUAAGAAUAUUUUACAUUGAUGUAAAGGAAGUGAGCUCAAAUUGAUGGUGUUGAUCUUUUUUUAUUCUUUUUAUUAUGAAUGUCUGUAUAUAGAUUAUAUAAUUUAUCAUUUUAAAAAAUUAAUGUACAUAGUUUGUAAUUAUUGAAAAAUUGAUUGAUUGAAUUAAUCCUUUUUGAUUCUCCAGGAUGGAUAACUGAUUUCCUCGGGGGUACAUUGUCAAUUCUAUAUAUUUUUGACAAGGGAACUUUUUACUUCUGACCUUUACCAGGACCUUAUAGAUUUUCCCAAUACUUUUGAUCUACAUAAAAACGAAUAGCCUUUUUAUUUAUUUUUUUUUUUUCACCACUUUUGAUAACUACUGUAUAAUUUUAUACUUUUUACCACUACUUUUGAUUUACUUUGAUAGAUAAGUAAGUCGGAUUUAUAUAAAUCUUACGAUUUAUUUUGUAUUAAGUUUGAUGAGAGAAAAGAAAAAAUACCACAUAUAUAAAUAUUACAAACGAAUCUGUGGCUUUCUUCCUAAACUCCACAUAUUGUGGAUUCCUUAUAUAAAAAAAUGUGUUUGAUUGGAUGAAAUCAAUUAACACUGACCAAUCAGUUCAAUAAAAAUACAAAUAAUACAAUUACAGAGGCGGUUAAUGAAAACUGAUACAUUUUCUACAUUCUUGAUUUUUUACAUUACUGCAGUAUAAUAUAUGGUUAAUUAAUCUUUAGCAUAACACUUCACUACAUAAAUCGCUCUAAAUUUAAAUCUUGCGUUAGUUUUGGGAUACUCAAUAUUCAUCUGGUGUCAUAUAAACAUGUCUACAACUCAAAAAGAUAAUAUUUCAUGAUAAGGUUAUAUUGUGUGAAAAUUAUUUUUUAGAAUGCCUUUAACUCAGUCAUCUUGUGUCAUAUAAAUAGGUUCCUAAAUUUCUUGGAAUUUUCUUACAAAACUAUUUCAGUGCUAUGGGUUUAACCUGAUACAGAUCUUGAGUGAAAUGAUUUGUUAUAUGCAAUAAAACAACUAACAAUGCAAUGUUGUUACCAAUAUAGAAGUAUUAGUUGACGGCGGACAGUUAAUUGUUACACAGAAUCAUCCAUCAGAUUUGUUGAAGACAUGUUCCAUCUGGCUCUUUUUUUAGUUUUCACCUAAUUGUAUCACACAAGCUAAGAUUAUAAUUUUAUAUCAUAAUUCAAAUAAACACAAAGUUCCAUUUGAACAUUUUUCAUAUUAUUUUGAUUAACAAUGUAAUUGAGGCCUUACAAAUGAAUAACUGACCUGCAAUUGAUAUAACAACGGGUUGUGCAGCCAAUGUUAGCUUACAAUUCAUUAAUAUGAAUGUAUAUAAAUAUCUAAAAAUUGUAUAAAUAGAUGAUUGUACAAAUAAUUAAUACCAUGUACUGAAAUAUAUAUUUCCUCAUGCACUGUUUAAAUGGCUACUACUAAGAAAAAUACUUUUUAAGAAGUGAUGAAAUUAUGUUGAUCAAUGAUCAGUACCAAAGAUUAAAAUCUUAUGCCAACAUCCAGCAAAUAACAGUAGUGAUAGAAACCCAAACAUACAUAGAUAGACUCAUUAAAAUGUAUGCUCUACUUUUUUGAUUUUUAGUAGAUUUUUAAUAUCGCUCAUUCAUUUCAAAUAAAUGUGAUCUGUACCAUGUAACGUAUUUAAAUGAUACAUCGCUUUAAUUUUCUUCAGUUCAAUCAAAAUUUUAGUUUAUAAUAACAACUAUUGAAUAAUAGUUAUGCUAACUUUAUUUCAACCAGCUUAUUUGAUUUAGAUAAAGUGGGUCAUAUAUGGUGCGGGAGCAGGUAGGCAAAUACUGUAAUUUUUGUUUUGCCUAGUUUUUGUAAAUCAAGUCAGCUCAGUAAUUUCUUGGGCGGUUCGUAAUUUCAAAGAGCUGCUGCUACUCCAAAUCGCCCAUAAUUGAGGUAAUGAAUGAUAACUGAAAUAACUGAAAAAAAUGAUGGUACCGCACCCUGUAUAAAAUGUUUCUUUCGAUAUAGAUAUUUUAACGACCUCAUAUUUUAAUAUACGUUGCCGAAAGAGAAAUUUUUUGAUAUUUUGGUAAUAUUUGACAUCGGAAUAAACAAUUGUAACCUAAAAUAUAGUUUUAUGAUCUUUUAUGAAUACUUUCAGAAGCCGUUUGAACAGACCGUGACCAAAUAUCUAUAAUAUUUUUUAUUUUAUUUUUUUAUUUUUCUACCCCAUUAAUAAUUAAGGUUAUUUAAUAUAUCUGGUACUUCCAGGUUUCAACUACCACUGUUGUCCUUAACAAAUUUCAAAGUAUUUUAAGUUUGAAAUUUCAUUUUAUAUAAUGUUGGUAUGAUAUAAAAAAAUUUAAUUCCUUAAGAAAGAUUUGUUAAAAUAUUGACAGUUGAAUAUUUUUUUAAUACAAAAUAACUAGGAAGCGUGUAAAUAUUUUUGAUUUGUAAAUAUUAGGAUGUACCCUUUAGGCGAGUAUAUUUAUACACGGUGCAAAAAUUCUUUUAAAUGAAAACUCUAAACUACACUCAAAUUAACUGUUUGGUGUAAUUCUGUAACUGUAAAUUCUUUGCUUCUCUGUAGUGCAACGUCAAGACAAUAAUGUACACAAAGAUUUUUGUUAAAUGACUUUUUAAUAACUAGAGUUUUCUUUUAGGAGAACUUUAUGCGUUUGUAAUUGCGGAAUGUCUCAAUCAAAGUUGCCGAUAUGAUAUCAGACAAUGAACAAUUGUUUUAAAACAUUGUUGCAAAAUUGAUUCUUUUUUACUAUUUAUUUAUUAUUAUUUUUUUUUAUUUAAUAUAUAUUUAUUUUUAAAUUUACGAAUAUUAUGUUUAUACCAGACACAAUGAGAUUUAUUUAGACAAUUUUCUUCAAUUUCAAAGUAGACAAAAAUCAUUGAAAUUUGUCUUUCAAGUAACUACCAAUAAAGUAGUAAACAAUUUGACUGGUUUUUCUGAUUGUGACAUUCAGUAUUUCAAAAAAAUAUCACAUAUUAAACUUGUAAUUCAUAAAACGUUAAAGCAAUAUUUUAUUUAGUAAAUACCUAUAUCAAUAUAUUUUCUCUAAAUAUUCUGACACAGUAAAACCUGGCUAACUAGGACCUGGAUAAGAGAAACCUCUAUUAGUAUUUCAACGAGGUCACAGUACUUUUUCAUUAAAUUAACAGGGGUUAAUGGACUUUUCGAACUUGAUUCAAUGAGAUUUGAUUUAUAGGACUUAUUUCGCGUGUCCUCUGGCUUUAACCUACAAUAAGACUCUUUUAUGAGUACCUGAAAAAUGUAUGCUUCUGUUGGAUUUUGAUUGUAGAAAGUUAGGUGAUCAAGUGUAUAUGGAAAAUAAAAUACCAAAGUACCCUAUGUGUAGGUUAAAGCAAAUACGGAAAAAUAUAUCAUUACGUGGACCAAUGAUUAAAAAAUUUAAAUUAGACCAAUAAUUAUAAUAUUUUUGGUAGUAAUGGAUGGUUAGAGAGUUUCAAUAGAAGAAACGAUACAGCAAUAAAAAAUAUUUGUAGUGAAAACAAUUCUAUGGACAACGAAUGUAAUGAAAAUCCAUUAAUAUGCUUUGGGGCUAUCAAAACGUUAAUAAAUCUACGGUUCUAAUUUAGUUUGUAUUGUCUAAUGUAUUAUUUAGAAUGAAACAGUCAGUAGGUUAGAUGAAAAGUUUAUAUCAAUAAAAACUGUAACGAUAUAAAGUUUAAAACAAAGGAAAUAUUAACGUAACGUCUUUUAAGUAUUUAAACAAAAUAAUACUUCUCCGGAAAUCUUACGUCAUUCAGAUUCGCGCUUUUCGGCUAUUAUAUUACAUGACCCUUCUUACAAUAGGUUCAUCACGAUGUUGUCCUGACACAAAAAACUUCAUAAGUUAAAAGAAUAGAGUAGAGAUGGGAGAAAACGAAAAACGAUAACUAAGUGGAAAAGAAACGAAACUAGAAAUUUCAAAAAUCUUUAUGUUUAUUGACAUAACUUACAAUUUGCUCAAAUUAGACUGUGAGUUUAUUGCACUCAUCCACCAAUAUCAAAAGUAGAUUGCAACUCAUGAAGCAGAAUAUAAUCAACAAUUUCAAGGUUUAUUACAGAAAAGAAAUUUUAGAAGAGAGCAAUGAUGAUGACAUCGUUUCCACAUUCUUCUUUGGACACAGGAGAACUAGAAAAAUAUUGUGAAGAGACUUUGGUGAAAAAUCUAAAACGUGAGGCUAUUGAAGCCUUUAGAAACUUCACAUAAAUAUUUUGUGAUGUCAACUAACCAGUUUCAGCAAAUAGCAUCAUACAAUAAACACUGAUUGUUCAUUUAUCCACACUUGAUUCGUAAUACCAAACAUAGGCAUUUUUAUUUUCCAUUUCCACUUGUAUAAAUGGAAUAAUAGUAAAUUUCGACCUCUAUAAAUGAGGAACUCUGCAAAUUGGAUAAAACCUUUUUAAAAGAUGCAAAAUACUUGAUCCCUUCAGAUCCCACUUGACCAGGUUUUACUCUAGUUGAAAUUUUCUAUGGAACUGUUCAAAUUUUGAUCACAAAUAUUAAUUUUGAUUUCAUAAAUCUAUAGAAACUUAUUUCAACAGAAUUUUGAAUAAUAUAAUAUAUUUCAAUUGGCCAUCAAAGUAACUUGCAUAAAUAUCAGUAAAUUCUUUCCUAUUAAUACCUAGAUCAUUUUUUUUAACCUACAAUUUAUUGAGAAAUUUCACUUUACUUUAAGCUUUUUUGAUUGGUUUUCUCUGAUUUUUCUUUUUCUUGAUGAUUCUGAGUUAAUUCUCAUUCAGUAUUCCCUGACUAUAUAUCUGUUAUAAGAAAAAUAUUUUCUUUGUUCUGGAAAUAUAUUAUUAAAAAAAUUAUAUAUAUCAUGUACAUCUCUGCAUCGCAAAAUUAAUGCUUAUUUUCAAACUGACACCAGUGGAUUUUUCUAUUUUCUACAAUAUUAACAAAAUCCCUCGAGAAAUUCAAACUGUCAUUUCUGAAGUCUGUUCACUUUGUACUUUGGUAGAGACAGAGUUCAAAUUUUGUAAGUUAUAAUAACCACAAACUGCACCAAGAGUAAAAAUUAUGUGACGCUUCCAGAGCACUUGUGCAGGAAGACUUGCAGUUAAAGUAGCCUUCGACUUGGGGUAACAAUCUACUUAGCCAGAAGAUUAUCACAAUUUUGGCGGACCAGCAAUAACAAAAGAAGACCGGGAUCGCCAUAAGGUGUUAAGUUUAGACAUCAUAAAUUAACUAAGAUACAAAAUAAAGUAGGAAAAAAUCGACCUUACUCCCUUUAGAAUUGCAAUUAGUUUUCUUUUAAUUACUGAUGACGGCUAAAACAUAGUGUAUCAACGUCUUUCAAAGCGGUACGCAACAUUUUCGAAAUAUUAAGCUAUAGUAGAUAAAGGAAGUGUUAUACCCUGUGCCAUUGGUUUGGAGGCCUGCACGAAAUUGGUUGUGAAUAGACGUUUUAGAACCACGUGUAGAGCCUUAUGCACCCAUUGUAAGAAAGUAAUUUGUCUUAAGCAUGUAUGCAUAAGGCUAAAGUAGUAGCUAGACCUGCAUAAAGUCUGAUUGCAAUCCUUUAUGUAGAUCUAUAUGGAAGCAGAAAGAGAGUAGAAAAAAAUAUUUUUUUCAAAAAUGAUGAAAUAUACAUACUUAUGGUCCUCUGGCAACGGGUCAUUUUUCAGAUUGAAUUAUGCGUUAGUUUUGCGGGACAGUCUAUUUAAUGAAUUUAUAUAGUAAUCUUUUUAUUUUCAAAAAUUUAGGAAAUUGUAUAGAUUUUAAAAUGAAAAAAUUAAUGAUGGUGGGAUAAACACAAAGUUUUGUGAUCAAUUAUUUUAACAAUUUUGCAGAAAUCAAUAAUUUAUGCAUUUUCUAAGAUGUACUUAUAUAAAAAAUCAAUUUUAUUUGAGGUUAUGUCUUUUUUACUGUCCAAAAAUCAUAGUUAAUCUUUAUUAUAACAAAUAGACAAACCUGUAUAUUUUUUAUGUUCAUUUGUAUGUGUUGUCCAUUAUUUUCAACCUUUGACGCUGUUUGUCAAAACGUGGUGUUAACAAGGUUAAUUUUAUUUUUAUGAUCAAAUAAAAAUUGGUCCAAUUACAAAUA